AUGGCUCCAGCCGCACAACCACUGCCCGUCCGAUUUCCGUGCUGGUGCAGAGCGACUUACUCCUGGGGCGGUGAGACAAAGCGCGACCUCGGAUUCAUCGAAGGCGACCUCAUAGAAUGUCUCAACGCCGGAGACGGUUCUUGGUGGAUGGGUAGACUGAAGCGAGAUAGGCGUAUGGUCGGACUGUUUCCCUCGAACUUUGUUGAAGUUCUCGAUGAGAGUUUUCAGCCAUACCGGAAUGCCAGUCCACAUUUGCUACAGAAUGGAGGAAGCAUAUCAAAAGCAAACAGCCCAAACCCGGCAUCCGCAAAGCCAACGCCACAGAAGUCCAAGAGCAUGUUCCGGAAACCGUUUACUGCAUAUGCCGCAGCUAGCUCCCCAAAUCCAGGAGCAGCAGCGAGAGAGGUACAACAGAAGGCCGGAGGGGUGUCACCAAAUCCCAAUGGAAGCAUCUCCAAACAUAAACCAUACUCGUCUAUGAAGCGGUCCUCCUUGGAGAGCCGAGAGUCGUCUCCGUUGCAAAAAUCUGCUACAGGAUCCAAGCUUCGAAACGUCUCUCCGGCGCCAAAUGUUCGCCAGCCCGUUCCUCGUGCUGUGUCUCCGGCUCCUCCUCGACCGCAUCAAUCGUACUCGCGCGCCGUUUCUCCAGCUGUUCCCGCCCGAUACGUUGCUCAAUCGCGCGCGCCAUCUCCGGGACCUCCA